CGUCGCUGUACAUCCCGAGCCACUUUGCGAACGUGCUCUCGUCGCGGCGGGACCUCGUCGACGCGCUGCUGGUCGAUGGCAGCGGCAACGUAACCAUUGCGCCGACCGAAGAGAUGUCGAUUGGCGUCACGAAGCGACAGGUUCAAGUCAUGGGCACCGAGCCCGAGGUGCACGCAAUCGUUGCCAAGCUGGACGCGAGCUUGCAGCGCCAUGAAGCGUGGCGGCAGUCGCAGCAGCUGGCAGGCGACGAAGUCGUGCUCCAGUGCGUCUUCAAGAGCAGCGACCUCGCACAGUGCGACGACGCCAUCGAGCGACUCACCUCGCGCUUCCCAGUCGGCGUCACGACGACGGCAGGAUCGCGCGACCGAUCGGUGCUCGCCAUCUCGGGCUGCAAGCACGAGGUCAUCCAGGCCACGGUGUAUGUCGCCUCCAAAGUCGCCUCCAGUCGACCCGCGCCAUCGAACGCACGCAGUCGUCGACGUAGCCGCGAGCGGGAACCACCGACGGAGCGAUUCCGCGCACGGCCAGUCCCGAGACCCUUCCAGCGUGAGCCUGCGUUGGCGCUACAUAUGAGCGCCGAGACAGACGCACCUCGAAUGGUCAAGCGCGAGGAAUUGCGUGCCGCGAAACGCCAUGCCUUUGCUACCUCGAGAGCCCGCAGCUCCACCCGCCCGUGCGACAUCGCCACUACCUGCGCCCCCGUCGUUGUCAAGCGCGAGCGACCCAGCGCAUCGUCGCCGUCGGUCGGGCAGCUCCCAGAGAGCUUGCAGCAGCAGCACGCUACAGCACCUUUGUCGCAACCACGGCCGCUCCCGUCGCCACGUCACGAGUCGGAAAGCUUGCGAGAUCGCCCACAAGCCUCGGCAGGCGCACUCGCAAGUCCUGGGCCGCCACCACCGCUGCCGGUACCGUCCGUCGUGGUCAAGCCCGAAUCGACAAGCGAACCUCCGCCGCCGGUCGGUGGAUCUCCGGGCGCUUUGCAGCAGCCUGCCGCGACGCCUCCGUUGCAACCACAGCGCCUUCCGUCGCCGCGCCCACUAGCAUUCGCAGAUCCACCCGCCCGUCCUGCAUCACCUCUGCCGUCCGUCGUGGUCAAGCCCGAGCCGACUGUCGGGUCGUCUCCCGCUACCGCGCAACCGCGCGCCACGGCACCUCGCACUGUCCCAUCGGCUUGCGCUGCAACACUGACCAACCGAGAGCGUCUCGUCGCUACCAUCGUCGUCAAGCCCGAGCCACUGCAACCGCUGCUGCCGCCGCAACGGCCGACACCACGCCAGCACGUUGCGCGGCCUUGUGCGCAGGCUGCAUCGAGCAAUCCAGUGGCAACGGCAGCGCCAGUAGUGCCGCAACCCGUUGCCGACGUUUACAUCAAGCCCGAGCCCUGCACCGCGCCUACCCGCGCUGCGCCAAACCCACAAGACAGUCGGCCUAUUGAGCCUCGCGAUGCACACGCCGCGAUGCCACCCAGCCCCUUACGCCGCGUGGCGGUGCAAGCAGAGCCAGUGCAGCAACCCGUCGCCGACGUUUACAUCAAGCCCGAGCCCCGUCUCGAGCGUACCCGCGCUACGUCGCGAACCGUGGCGAGCUCGUCGGCCCCCGCGAGCGGCUUUUCCGAAGCGCCAGAGGCGAAGCGCAAGGCCAGUGUCUUGGAAAACAACGACAGCAAACGCGCGCGACAAGAGCCGCCACGUGCACCGUCGGUGACGCUCUGCGCGCAAGCAACGCGUGUCACGAGCCGCAUCGCGCGCUCGAUUGCGCUGCGUCUCAUGCAAACCGGUCUGCAACAGGUCGUGGCCGCGUCCAAGGCGACCGUGCGCUUGGAGCCCGACACGAUGGACGCCAACUACUACACGCUCUCGAUCACCGGCGCGUGGGCAGACACGAUUGCGGCACAGCAAGCGCUUCUAGCCCUCGCGCCCGACGUGUAG